AUGGCUAUACAAGGUUUACGGCCGUCGAUUUCAACCGUAGUUGUUCUCAUUCUCGUGUCCACGUCACCAAUGUUGUUAACCGUAAAUUCCCAAGUCUUAGGAUGUUCCCUUGUGGGCAUCGACUUUCAAAAUUGCUUGGCCUCGAGUACUCAAAGAACUCCAUUUGCAAUCAGCUCUUGUUGCACGACUCUUAACAAAGUGCUCGAGGCAGGGUAUUAUUGUCUUUGCACAUUACUUGGCCCUUCCUCUCCCGUGUUUAGCGUUGAGCUUCAGUUGUCCUUCUCGAAUUGCGACAUUGCUAUGCCGCCUUCGACUCAUUGCCAUGAUCCAAAACGGGCGGCAAUGGCACUACCCCCAGCCAAUCCGAUUUUUCCGGCGCUCAAUCCGCUGGAAUCAGCAAGGGACGAUCAAGAGUUUGUGCCUUUGCCGCCGGAAGUUAGUGAGAAUUUGAAUUCCACAGUUGUUGACGAUGGUCCGGUUCUCAACAGCAGCCCAUCGCCAAUGAUCGGAAUCCCUGAACGUUGGGAUCACGUAAAAUCGGACGCAAAAAAUCGGGCGAAUUCGAAAAACAUGAUUGUUUUACUAAUUAGUUUGUGGUUGCUCAUUGCAUGA